AUGCCAGAAACAGAGUUUUUCUUCGAAACCUCUCUAGGUAAAGGUAGUUACGGUUCGGUGAGUCUCUACAAGGGACAACACGCCGGCGAAACGGGUUACGCCGCCGUGAAAACCUCCGACGAAAAACACGCCGAGUCUCUCUACAGAGAGUUUCGAAUCUUGUCUGAACUCAACGGCUGCCCGAGAAUCGUCAAGUGCUAUGGAACCAAAGUGGCAGAGAAACUCAACGAGCAAGGUUCCAUUAGUUACUGCUUUCCAAUGGAAUACGCAUCUGGAGGAAGCUUGAGGAGUUUCAUGGAUACCUUCGAAGACAAGAAACUUCCCGAUCCUUUGAUCAGAGAGUUUACUUGUAUGAUCCUCCAAGGGUUAGCCACGAUCCACAGACACGGCUACGUCCACUGCGAUCUCAAACCGGGGAACAUCCUCGUUUUCCCGAGUCUUGUCUGCAGGAACGGCGCGUGGGUAUUCUCUUACGAGUUGAAGAUUUCUGAUUUCGGGGCAACGAGAAGAGACGGAGACAGUAGCUGGUGGCAACCUCACCGCCCGGUUGCGGGAACAGCGAUCUAUAUGUCACCGGAAUCGAUUUCUCACGGCGAGACAGGGAAAGGACUUGAUUUGUGGUCUUUGGGAUGUGUGGUCCUGGAGAUGUACACCGGGAAGAGGCCGUGGUGGCAUACAAACUAUGACUUGGAGGAUCUCAAGAACUGUAACGAGCCAUUGAUUCCGAGUGACCUUCCUUUCGAUGCAAAGCUGUUUCUCAUGACUUGCUUCGCCUUCGAGGCUGAUGAUAGAGAAGACGCGAUGACUUUGUUGAGGCAUAGCUUUUUGAAUGGAUGCAUCAACAAGAUCGCAGAGCCUUUUGUGUAUGCGAAGACUGAAACUCAUAGAAAAGCGAUUGCUCUGGAACUAGAGAAAUUUUUCAGAGGGGAUAUGUCGAGAUUCAAGAAUACUCGUGUAGCUGAAGUCAUUCCUGGCAAGACCGUUGAGGCCUGA